AUGGUCACUUCACACGACUAUGUUUUCUGGUGUGGUGACUUUAAUUAUCGCAUUGAUAUGACAGGCCCUGAGGUCAAGCGUUUGGUCAACGAACGUAAUUGGCUUGACUUACAACGCUUUGAUCAGCUAACUACUCAGCGGCUCUCCGGCACCGUCUUCCGUGAAUUUGAAGAGGGUCCAAUACGUUUCGCACCAACUUACAAAUAUGACCAGUUCUGUGACGACUAUGAUACUUCGGAGAAGGCCCGAUCUCCAGCCUGGACUGACCGCAUACUUUGGCGACGUUGGCGAGCCUGGUUUCCGCGAAUUGAAGUCGAUGGCUCGGCUACCAAAUUGGCAGAGAUUAAAUCUACCCCCAUUGAAAUCGACUGGUCUCCAGGUCGUCUCCUUGUCUAUAAUCGAGCAGAACUAAAGACCAGUGAUCACCGCCCUGUUGGUGCUAUAAUGGAUAUAGAUAUUUCUGUGGUGAGAUUAACUCGAUGGCCAGACUUCUCAACUAUGCCAUGCGAUUGCUCUGCUAAAUUGCUGGUACUUGAAUAA